UGCAGUCGGCACAUGUUUAUUUCGUGCUUAUUUACAUUCUCAUUCGUUUUCGUUUUCAAAGCAAAUUAAAAUGGGUAAACAGAAGCAGUUGAAAAGAUUGCAACAGCAACGAACUUCGUUAGCUAAGAGAAUGAUCAAAGCCAGCGACAACCGGCUGAAAGCUGAAGAUCGAAGUAAAGCGAAGACCAAAAAGAAAUCAAACAGCGAUGAGCCGAAGGUGAUCGAUAGACCGCAGGGCAGUUCAGCAAUGUUCUUCCAGUACAACACCCAACUAGGACCGCCGUAUCACGUGCUCGUGGAUACCAACUUUGUCAACUUCAGUAUAAAGAACAAACUGGACAUAAUCAAAACGAUGAUGGACUGCCUGUACGCGAAGUGCAUCCCGUACAUAACAGACUGUGUCGAAGCCGAGCUCGAAAAGCUAGGAUCGAAGUACAAAUUGGCGCUGAGGAUCAUAAAAGAUCCUCGUUUCGAACGGCUACACUGCAUGCACAAGGGAACGUAUGCGGACGAUUGUCUCGUGCAGCGAGUUACACAGCACAAAUGCUACAUCGUAGCAACAAACGAUAAGGAUCUAAAACGGCGCAUCCGUAAAAUACCCGGCGUGCCGAUUAUGAACGUCGCUCUGAACCGAUAUGUCAUCGAACGGAUGCCGGAUGCGUUCGAACCGAUAGCAAAGAAAUAACACGUUGCUAAUACUUAUUUUUUCGUUUAUUAAGAGAAUACAAACAUUACAAACAAUC